CGUGCUGUGAGUGGACGUGGACUUUAAAAAAUAUUUACGGUUUUUUUUAUUUUAAUCCCUUAAUUUAUGCCUUCGUGUUCAUUUUGGAAGUGUAAAAACACAAGCCACAACAUGAAUAAAGAGAAAUGUGUUACAAGUGAUGACGUACUUAAUGUGUGAAACCAAAGACAAUUCCGCGGCGCUUUGAGGCCCAUCUAACGAUCUACGGUUGAUGUUCUGGGCAACCACGAAGGAUGCGUUUAACACUUUUCUUUAAAUAAUUAUUGUGCUUGAGCAGAUGGUCACCUUUUUGAUUCCACUUACUUCCUACUGUCCUACUAAUAUUAUUCAUCUUAGUAAGUAGGUACAUAAUAAAAACUAAACACGUUGAAUAUACAAUUUAAGGUACUUUCUAAACAAGCAAUACCAGACAUAUCCCAAAAUGGCGGCAAACAUGCGGAUUUCCCCGGAGCCAAAGCGCCCUACGUAUCAAAAAUGAAAUUUCUAAACGAGCAAAGCUAUGAUCCUAUACCAAUAUAUCGUGUCAUCGAUAACAAAGGGCAGGUUAUAGAUAGAACAGAAGAGCCGAGGAUAGACAACGAGACACUCCUGAACAUGUACAAAACAAUGGUGCAGCUCAACCAAAUGGAUGAGAUAUUAAUUGAAUCUCAACAACAGGGUAGAAUAUCAAUGUAUUUGACCAAUUAUGGUGAAGAAGGGAUCCAAGUCGGUAGCGGAGCGGCUCUUUUGCCUCGAGACAUGAUCUUCGCCCAGUACCGCGAGCUAGGAGUGCUGCUGUACAGAGGAAUGACAGUCACGGAGAUCAUAAACCAGUGUUACGGAAACCACGAGGACCGCGACAAAGGGAGACAGAUUCCAAUGCAUUUUGGUAACAAGGAGAAAAAUAUUGUAACUGCGUCGAGUCCAUUGGCAACCCAGAUGCCGCAAGCCGUGGGCGCGGCGUACGCCUUCAAGCGCGCGCCCAACAACGAGCGCUGCGUCAUCUGCUACUUCGGCGACGGCGCCGCGUCCGAGGGAGACGCGCACGCCGCCUUCAACUUCGCGGCCACGCUCCAGUGCCCCGUCAUAUUGUUCUGUAGAAACAACGGCUACGCAGUCUGGACGCCCACAAACCAGCAAUACCGCGGGGACGGUAUAGCCGCGCGCGGCCUAGCGUUGGGACUCCACACCAUACGAGUUGAUGGGACCGACGCUCUGGCUGUGUACAGAGCCGUCGAAAGGGCCCGAGAGAUAGCGAUACAGAACAAACCAGUACUUAUCGAAGCUAUGUCAUAUAGGGUGGGACUACACUCAACAGCUGAUUUCAGCAAUAAUGCAUUUCGAUCUGUGGAGGAAAUACAAAAAUGGGCGCAAGAGGAAAAUCCUGUAGAGAAACUAAGACUGUACCUUGAAGGAAGAGGUCUAUGGAAUUCGGAUAUUGAAAAACAGUUCUUGAAAGAAGCACGAGAUAUAGUGUUAAGAACGAUACAAGAAGCGGAUCAAAAGAAAAAGGCACACUGGAAGGAAAUGCUACAAGAUGUAUACUAUGUUAUGCCUCAACAUUUGCAAAAACAAAUGAAUCAAAUGGAGAAACAUCUGGAGAAGUAUAAAGAACAUUAUCCUCUCGAUCAAUUUCAAAGCGAAUAAUAAUUGAAGUUUAUUAUUUUUAUAAUUAUUUAUAUUACCUAUGUAGGUACUUGUACUGUAAAAACAAUAAAACUUGUUCUUCAGGGUUUCUUAUAAUUAACACAUCUUCCGAGUUUAC